AUGGUGCUGCCGAGCACUCAAGUCACUGGGUCAAAUCAUCGAAUCGCCGAGUCAUCAAGCCACUGGGCGCCGAAUCAUCGAGUCGCUGAACCUCGCCUCAAUCUCGAAUCGUCUUGCCUCGAUCCACCUCGUCUGUCAAAAGCUCGGUCUCGCCAAAAACUCGAUCUCAUUAAAAACUCGAUCUCGCCGAAGCUCACCUCGUCACCGACGACUGAAUUGGGCCUCGAAUUGCCUCGCGAUGAAUAUCUCGAACCGAUGUCUCAUCACGAACUCGCCGUUGCAAAACCUCACCGGAAAACCCGAUCUAGUUCACGACUCUCUUUCUCAAAGGUCACGGUGCCGACGCUGUUGACGUGUCCUCGCCGGUUCACCGAACCAGAAGACCAAGCUGACGGCUAUGCAGACGACGGCGGCAGGGACUGA